AUGUCAUCUGGCCAGAAUUCAACAGCUAAUUCCACUCAAGCCACAAGGGGAAAAUCUGAUAUUGCAUGGGCACAUGUUAUUGAGGGACGAGAUGCCAAUGGGAAGAAGACUUACUCAUGUAUGUAUUGUGGGAAAACUAUUAAAGGUGGAGGGAUUAAUAGAAUGAAGCAACAUCUUGCAAAGAAGUCAGGUGGCUUUCAAUUUGAGGGUGAUGAUGUUUAUGUCAAUGUUGAUGAUGAGGAUGAUGAGGUUGUGAGAACAAUUCCUCAGAACAAUAAGGGCAUUUCAAUCAAUGAAGGAGCUGGAAGUGGGAAUAAGAGUAGAGCACCAAUGACACAGAAAGGGAAGGGGAAGAGACAUGAACCAACAAAAAUCGGUGAUUAUUUUGCACCAAGGACCACUCCUGGUUCUCAACCAACUAUCAAAAGUGCCCUCCAAACUAAAGAAGCCAUACAUAGAGCACAUAUGAUUGUUGGCAAAUUCUUUUAUGAUACUUGUAUUCCAAUCAAUGCUGUGAACUCCAUUUAUUUUCAGCCCAUGUUUGAUGCCGCAAUUGCCAUUGGUCCAGGAUAUAAGGUCCCUACGUACCAUCAACUUCGAGUUCCUUUAUUGAGAGACUCAAAAAAAGAGCUUCAAUUGUAUAUUGACACUUUGAAGAGUUCGUGGGCUGCUUGUGGAUGUACUAUUAUGGGUGAUGGUUGGACUGAUGUUAGACAAAGAAAUCUAAUAAAUUUUCUUGUCUAUAGCCCUAUGGGAAUUGCUUUUGUGAAAUCAAUUGAUGCCUCUGAUGCUGUCAAAGAUGCUACUCUUCUUUCUAAAUUGUUUCUAGAGGUUAUUGAGUGGGUAGGAGUGUCGAAUGUUGUUCAUAUGGUGACAGAUAAUGGAGCAAAUUAUAAAGCUGCUGGAGGACUUGUAAAUGCUACUUACAAAUCUAUAAAUUGGUCUCCAUGUGCAGCUCAUUGCUUGAACUUAAUCUUAAGUGAAAUUUCCAAGAUGAAUCAUGUGCAUGAGCUUGCUAUUAAGGCAUCAACGGUGACAAGGAAGUAUUACAAAACAAGGAAUUAUGAUCCCAUUGACAUUGAAAGCAUUGACAAAACCAAGUUUUGGAUUAUUGAAGAAGAAAGACUAGAAUAA